UCCACAGAAUUAAAGGACAUGCUGAGCUUUGGUUUUAUGUUUGAAGUCAGUGCAUGAAAACAAUGAUUAACCUGAGACGGCACACUGUGAGGUUAAAGAGCAUAUCAGCACAGGAACUGUUCAGUUGGACAGAAAGAGGAGGCUCUGCUCAGCAACCGAUCCAAAAGCCAGUAUCUCCAAAGUCCCUCAGCAAUGGACCAGUUUGCUGGUUUAACUCCAAAACAAGCCGUGGAGCAGAUCGCUGCCCUGUUGGGAUGCAGUCCCACCUCUGCUGAAGUGGCUUCGUACCUCGACACACACGACCAACUAAGUCAUCUGAGGGAGGAAUUUCUGUUUCCCAAAAAUGCCGAAUUGCCUCCUUCUGAUCUGUCACUUAUCGACGGCUCCAAGGAGUGCAUCUACCUGGUGGGAAACUCACUGGGGCUCCAGCCCAAAAUGGCCAGGAAAUACCUGGAAGAGGAGCUUGACAAGUGGGCCAAAACGGGAGUUCACGGCCACACGGAAGGAUCUCGACCUUGGGCGUGGGCAGAAAACAACAUAGAAGAACUAAUGGCCAAUGUUGUUGGAGCAAAAACUGAGGAGGUGGCACUGAUGAACGGUCUGACAGUGAAUUUACACCUUCUGAUGCUGUCUUUCUACAAACCAACAGCGACGCGCCACAAAAUCCUUCUAGAAGACAAAGCCUUUCCUUCAGAUCAUUACGCUGUCGAGUCUCAGAUCCGUCUACGAGGAUUCGACCCUGAACAGAGUAUGAUGCUGCUGUCGCCCAGACCGGGGGAGGACACCCUGAGGACAGAGGACAUCCUAGAGGCCAUCGAGAAGGAGGGGGAGUCCAUCGCCGUGGUGAUGUUCAGUGGAGUCCAGUACUACACAGGUCAGCUGUUCGACAUGGCUGCCAUCACUGAGGCUGGACAGAGGAAGGGCUGUUAUGUGGGUUUCGACUGUGCUCAUGCGGCCGGUAAUGCUGAGCUGAAGCUGCACGACUGGGGGGUGGACUUUGCCUGCUGGUGCUCGUACAAGUAUUUAAACUCCGGUGCUGGUGGACUGGCUGGGGCUUUUAUUCAUGAGAAACAUAACCACACCAUCGAACCGGCGCUGAUGGGAUGGUGGGGACACGACCUAAAAAGUCGCUUUCAGAUGAAUAAUGUGAUGCAGCUGCAGCCUGGAGUGAACGGUUUCAGACUGUCCAACCAGCCCAUCCUGCUGGUCUGCCCCCUACAGGCCAGUCUGGAGGUGUUCAACAGGGCAGGUAUGGCGGCUCUGCGCAGGAAGUCCCUCCUCCUGACGGGAUACCUGGAGUACCUGAUCCAGUGGUUCUACAGGAAGGAUCCGGCCUGCCCCCACAAACCCCACGUACGCAUCAUCACGCCCUCUGACCCCCGGCAGAGGGGCUGUCAGCUGUCCUUCUGCUUCUCCGUCCCCAUCGGGAAGGUUUUCCAGGAGCUGGAAAAGAGAGGAGUGGCUUGUGACAUGAGGGAACCCAGUGUUCUGCGAGUUGCUCCAGUUCCACUCUACAACUCCUUCAGUGAUGUUCACCGCUUCGUAGAAACCCUGGGAUGUGCUCUGAACGCCACUCAACAAUAACAUCACCAUGAACUAUGGACACUGUCAGCCCACUGCAGUUCAGUCACCUGCUGCUGUUCAGGAAUGAUGAAGGUCACCACUAAUGUUCAAGGUCAACAAAUACACUACUCAAUAAAAGUUAAGGACCACUUUUUAAUUUGUGUAUAAGUUUUUUAUAUGAGGUAUUCUACUUCUGGAAAUGCCCCAAUACAACUGUCCUGAAUGUCCUCAAACACACUGUAAUCAAUAUCACACAUGAUUGGAUUCAAUUGUUGCAUAAUGUCUCUGGCAUCAUUGCACAUCCUGAGAACUGGGCCUAUAGGGGUAUCAGCUGACUACGUGAAGUGGUACAAAAAGUGGGUGCAAAAGCAUUUUCCGUCUUUAGGUCUCCACAAUCAGACAACUUGGUGACAACAGCAAUGCCAAGACGCCACCUGAGUGAACCAGAAGUUGCCAGAGCCCUAGGGAUGCUGGAAGCGGGCCUCAGUCAGCGAAGAGUAGCCGAAAUGAUGGGUGUGUCUCACAGUGUCAUCAGCAGAUCAAACCAAAGACACCGAGAGACAGGGCUAUACUCCGAGAGACCCUGCAGUGGCCGACCAGUUGCAACAACCCCUAGAGAUGAUUUCUACUUGACAAAUCUCAGCCUCCGCAUCCGCUUUCACAGUGCACGCCGCCUCAAUAAUGACUUCAGUGCAGCUACUGGAGUGAUUGUUUCCACUCAAACAAUCCGUAACCGACUUCAGCGAGCCAAUAUGCAUGCCAGAAGGCCAGCUCAGUG